AUGAGGCGUUCUAUUAAUUGUACCACAUCUGAUGAUCGCCUCCCUAUUCCUCACAAAUUUUAUCAGCCAGGCAAUCUUGUCAUUGGUGGCAUUGUUUCUCAGGUCCUCUUCCUCUAUGAUAACCUCUCUUUCAAGGAACAGCCUACACAGAUGCUGCUUGGUGAACCUAUUUCAGUGCCUAAGAACUACCAACAUGUCCUGGCCUUGGCAUUUGCUGUCAAAGAGAUCAAUGAGAAUCCCAGAAUAUUACCCAAUAUCUCGCUUGGAUUCCACAUCCUCAAUAGCUACUAUGCAGCAAGAAUGACCUCUAAGGCCACCCUGAACCUGCUUUCCACACAACAUAGGUUUGUCCCCAACUUCAAAUGCCACAACCAAAACAAUAUGGCUCUCAUUGGAGGAUGCAUCUCUGAAAUCUCUGCCAACAUGGCCAUCAUUUCAGCAAGCCAUAAAACUCCACAGAUGGUCCCAAAUGAAGCUCAGCAGUACAUGGGAGUGGUGCAGCUGCUUCAGCAUUUUGGAUGGACGUGGAUUGGGCUCUUUGCUGUAGAUGAUGACAAAGGGAACAUGUUUUUACAGACCAUGGUGCAGAUACUUUCCCAGAAUCGCUUGUGUUAUGCCUUCAUAAUCGGAAUACCAAAAUGGGAUUAUAUGGAUGACAUGAUAGAAGUGAUGAUACAGCACUGGGAAAGCUAUGGAAUUGUCAUUAAAAGCAAAGCCAAUGUAUACUUUGUAUAUGGAGAACCUCCGUCCUUUCAGGUAUUGAGAGUGUUGCUGUUUCUAGCACCCUUCUUGGCCCUGCCACCACUGGGGAAAGUGUGGAUUGUGACAUCCCACUGGGAUUUUGCAUCCCUGUCUGUUCAAAAGAUUUGGGAUAUGCAAACCUUCCAUGGUUCCAUCUCCUUCACUGUUCACUCAAAUCAGCCCUCAGGGUUCCAAACAUUUCUCCAGAUGGUAAGACCUUCCUGGGCCAAAGGAGAUGGUUUCAUCAAAGACUUCUGGGAACAGACAUUCAACUGUUCAAUAAAAAUAUCUGAUGCAAUGGAUGAAAACAAGGAAACCUGCACAGGGGAAGAGAAGCUGGAGACUCUUCCUGGAACUUUGUUUGAAAUGAAGAUGACCGGCCACAGCUACAAUGUCUACAAUGCUGUCUAUGCUGUGGCACAUGCUUUGCAUGCCAUAUACAAAUCCAGAUCCAAACACAAAAGAUUAGCAGAAAGAGAGGAAGUGGCUAUUCAGAAUAUGCAUCCAUGGCAGCUCCAUCACUUUCUGAGUAGCAUCUUGUUCAAUAACAAUGUUGGGGACGCUGUGCACUUUGAUGUAAAUGGGGAAUUAGUUACAGGAUUUGAUAUUACAAACUGGUUGAUGGUCUCCAAUGGCUCAGUGAUUAGAGUUAAAGUUGUCUUCCUCCAUGCUUCCGUACAGGUGCUGCCCCUUUCUGUGUGCAAUGACAACUGCUAUCCUGGCUACAGCAAGAAAAAGAAGGAAGGAGAGAAAUUUUGCUGCUAUGACUGUGCUCCAUGCCCAGAAGGGAUGAUCUCCCACCAGAGGGACAUGGAUGCCUGUGUAAAAUGUCCAGAAGAUCGUUAUCCCAACAAGGAUCAAACUCAGUGCAUUCCCAGGGUUCUAAGCUAUCUCUCUUACAAAGAAUCCUUAGGCAUCAUCUUGACACUCUUGGUUAUUUCCUUCUCUUUGGUCACAACUUUGGUGCUUGGAAUCUUUCUGAAGCACAAGGACACCCCCAUAGUUAAAGCCAACAACCGGAACUUCACCUACAUCCUCCUCAUUGCCCUCCUUCUUUGCUUCCUCUCCACUUUGCUCUUCAUUGGACAACCUGGAAAGGCAGCCUGCCUUCUCCGACAAAUGCUUUUUGGCAUUGUCUUCUCUGUAGCUCUUUCCAGCAUUUUGGCCAAAACCAUCACUGUGGUUGUGGCAUUCAUGGCUACCAAACCAGGGUCCAAGAUGAGGAAAAGGGUCGGGAAAAAAUUGGCUAAUUCUAUUGCACUUUCCUGCUCCUUGAUUCAAGUAGGCAUUUGUAUAGUUUGGCUAUGUACAUACCCUCCAUUCCCAGAUGUAGACAUGCACUCAUUGGAUAGGAAAAUAAUACUGGAAUGUAAUGAGGGCUCUGCUUCCAUGUUUUACUGUGUCUUGGGCUAUUUGGGUUCUCUGGCAGUUGUCAGUUUCAUGGUGGCUUUCUUAGCCAGGAAGUUACCUGACAGUUUCAAUGAGGCCAAAUUCAUCACUUUCAGCAUGUUGGUGUUUUGCAGUGUUUGGUUGUCCUUUGUUCCAUCCUACCUGAGCACCAGGGGAAAGUAUGUGGUGGCCGUGGAGAUCUUUGCCAUCCUGUCUUCCAGUGCUGGAUUACUGAGCUUCAUCUUUUUCCCUAAAUGCUACAUUAUUGUCCUCAGGCCUGAGCUGAACAACAGGAAGCUCCUCAUAGGAAGGAAAAUAUGA